AUGACGCGAAUCCAGUCAGUUCCUUAUCAGAACCGAGGGCGUGGAAGUAAACGCGGAGGUCCUAAAAGACAAGCUUAUCAGGAUCAGCGAAACGAAGACUUCGUAAAAACGAAAACAUUAAUUAGGCAUUGUAGUAGUGUCACAACCUCUACUACAAGUGGUUUAGCUGUAGAUCACUUCAGUACAGUCACAUUGGACUUCAUGAAUCCAAUCGAUCCAUUCACAAGCGAGGUAGGUCUUGUAGAGGAUGUAGGUAGCUCGAUUGAGCCCAAUACGACUGAAGAGAAAGAUAACCAAAAAACUGAUGCUCCACAGGACGAGAUAGCGACUGCAAUACCCGGUAGUAGUGUCACAAACUCUGGUACAAGUGGUUUAGCUGUAGAUCACUUCAGUACAGUCACAUUUGACUUCAUGAAUCUCAUCGAUCCAUUCACAAGCGAGGCAGGUCUUGUAGAGGAUGUCGGCAGCUCGAUUGAGCUCAAUACGACUGAAGAGAAAUUCACACAUAUAGCGACUGCAAUACCCGGUAGUAGUGUCACAAACUGUGGUACAAGUGGCUUAGCUGUAGAUCACUUCAGUACAGUCACAUUGGAGUUCAUGAAUCCCAUCGAUCAAUUCACAAGCGGGGUAGGUCUUGUAGAGGAUGUCAGUAGCUCGAUUGAGCUCAAUACGACUGAAGGAAGACUUUAUAAUAACUGGAAACAACCUCUAUCAUAUUAUCUACAUUGUGAUCUAUUGGUUAGCGAGAUAGCGACUGCAAUACCCGGUAGUAGUGUCGAAACCUCUGGUACAAGUGGUUUAGCUGUAGAUCACUUCAGAACAGUCACAUUGGACUUCAUGAAAUACAUCGAUCAAUUCACAAGCGAGGUAGGUCUUGUAGAGGAUGUCGGAAGACUUUAUAAUAACUGGAAACAACCUCUAUCAUAUUAUCUACAUUGUGACCUAUUGGUUAGCGAGAUACCGACUGCAAUACCCGGUAGUAGAGUCGCAACCUCUAGUACAAGUGGUUUAGCUGUAGAUCACUUCAGUAUAGUCACAUUGGACUUUACGAAUCCCAUCGAUCAAUUCACAAGCGAUGUAGGUCUUGUAGAGGAUGUCGGUAGCUCGAUUGAGCUCAAUACGACUGAAGAGAAAUUCACACAUAUACCGACUGCAAUACCCGGUAGUAGAGUCGCAACCUCUGGUACAAGUGGUUUAGCUGUAGAUCACUUCAGUACAGUCACAUUGGACUUUAUGAAUCCCAUCGAUCAAUUCACAAGCAAGGUAGGUCUUGUAGAGGAUGUCGGUAGUUCGAUUGAGCUCAAUACGACGAAGAAAAAUUCACACAUCGAGAUAGCGACUGCAAUACCCGGUAGUAGUGUCACAAACUCUGGUACAAGUGGUUUAGCUGUAGAUCACUUCAGUACAGUCACAUUGGACUUUAUGAAUCCCAUCGAUCAAUUCACAAGCAAUGUAGGUCUUGUAGAGGAUGUCGGUAGCUCGAUUGAGCUCAAUACGACGAAGAGAAAUUCACACAUCGAGAUACCGACUGCAAUACCCGGUAGUAGAGUCGCAACCUCUAGUACAAGUGGUUUAGCUGUAGAUCACUUCAGUACAGUCACAUUGGACUUUAUGAAUCCCAUCGAUCAAUUCACAAGCGAGGUAGGUCUUGUAGAGGAUGUCGGUAGCUCGAUUGAGCUAAAUACGACUGAAGAGAAAUUCACACAUUGUGAUCUAUUGGUUAGCCAGAUACCGACUGCAAUAUCCGGUAGUAGAGUCGCAACCUCUAGUACAAGUGGUUUAGCUGUAGAUCACUUCAGUACAGUCACAUUGGACUUCAUGAAUCCCAUCGAUCAAUUCACAAGCAAGGUAGGUCUUGUAGAGGAUGUCGGUAGCUCGAUUGAGCUAAAUACGACUGAAGAGAAAUUCACACAUGUAAAAAUUAAACCUGGCGUAAAUGAUGAUAUACUAAAAAUAUAA